AUGAUAGACGAAUGGAAGCGUCUUUAUAGUGAUAAUGAGGUUCAACUAGAUCAGAUCAAUGAAUUUUCAGCAACAUAUACGCCUGAACAAGCAGUUAGAUGGUGUACAUGUGAUUCGUUCUUUUAUCGUAUAGUGAAUCGAGCUUUGCGCACACAGACAAUCGAUACAAUCUUUAUUUUUUAUCCAUUCAUUGGAGAUCUACACGAUGAACGCGUUUCCUUACAUCGAGAGUUUCUCGAGCUUGGAGCGCCUAAUUUCCUCAACGUGUAUCGAGGUCAACAUAUCCAUGCGGAUGGGCUACGAAAGAUAACUAACAAUAUAUGCGGUCUCUUAUCAAUGAAUUCUUUCUUUUCGACUAGUUUUGAUCGCGCUUUGUCACGUGUACUUGCACAACAAAAUACUGCUCUAGAAUCGAUUCUUUACGAGAUUACGAUUGAUACGGAUGUACCAGCUGUGCUGUUUAGCAAUGUUGGAGAACAUAGUUAUCUUCCCGGGGAACAGGAAUUCAUUUUCUCGGUGGUUGCCGUAUUUCGCGUGGAGUCAGCUUGCCAAGAGAUUGAUGAAUAUGGAAAUGUGUGGAUUGUAAAACUACGUUUGAUUGAUGAGCGUACUGAACAACAAUUGACUGAUCUUUUAGACUAUUUUAAGCAUGAUAUUGGCGAGAGAGGCUCUCUUUUAACACUCGCUGAAUUACUAGCCGAAAUUGGCGAUUAUGAAGGCUCUAAAAAAUUUAUAAAACGAAUUCGUACCGGUUUUUCCACUGACGAUCCAGAGCUACUCGAUCUAUUCGACGUUGAUGAAAAUAAAAUUGAAAUUGCUAUAUCGUUACUUGAGAAAAAGCUAACGACGUAUGAAUCGACUAAAGCGCCGUGUAUGCCUGCUGGUGAUAUGCUAAAGGCCAAGAUACUUAGCAAUGCUGCAAUUACCCAGUGUGAUAUUGGCAACUAUGAUCAAGCUACGUUGUUAUUUUGUCGCGCAAUUGGCCUUGGCAAAGCAUCUCCUUCUUUGGAUAAGAGACGAAUUCUCUCAAGCUUGAUCAACAUUGGUUCACUGAUCUACAAAAAGGGAGACAUCAUGAAAGCACUAGAGAUCUACCAAAAGGCUCUUGAUGCGUUCGAGGGUGUACAAGUGCCUGCUACCCAUCCAAUGUUAGCGGAUAUUCAUGAUCGAAUAGGGAUUUCGAAUGAGCGUUUAGGAAACGCGCGAGAGGCUAUUUCGCACUACGAGAAGUCGCAUGCUAUUCGUCUUCUCAGUUUACCUGCCGGGCAUUCAAGCCUGGCUCGUAGUCACUCAAAUUCAUGUCGGAUACAUCGAGCCAAUAGCAAUUAUCCAGUUGCCCAUCAUCAUUUUAAGAGUGCUCUAGCGAUUGAGGAACGGCCAGAAUCACGAACCGAUCCAAUUGAUCUCUUCAACACUCUCACUGGAUUGGCCAACAUUUCUCGACGUCAGGGGAAAUCCAAUGAAUCGUUACAGUAUUUAGAACGAGCCACAAGCUUGGUAAUAUCUGAUAACCAUCCUGAUAUGGCCCAAAUUCACCAACUGAUGGGCGCAUUGCAGUGCGAUCUUGGAAAUUUUGACAAGGCUCACGCAGCGUUUCAACAAGCAAUUGUCAUCAGCAGGAAAUCGAACAAUGAUCUUGAAUUAGCUGAGAUCUUGGUUGAUUUUGGUCGAGUACAAUGUAGAAUGGAUAAGAUCGAGCAAGCAAUCAACUCCUUUCGUCGGGCAUAUGUAAUUCGAUAA